AUCUCUAUUAUGUGGACUGGACCUUUGGUGGUCUCUAAACACAUUCCGACCAUCGGAAUACGAGAUCUAGCCAGACAAUUAAAACACCCGAUCGUAUUAUGGGACAAUCUACAUGCCAAUGAUUACGAUCAGCGACGUGUUUUUUUGGGCCCUUAUUCUGGUCGGCCUAUGGCACUUAGGCGUAGGCAACUAUUACGUGGCAUACUCACAAACCCAAACUGUGAAUUUGAAGCCAACUACAUUGCCAUGCAUACAUUAGCCCAAUGGACUAGGCAAUCUGAUCCAGUGCAUGCAGCUUCCGUCAGCGUUGAAACCGACUUGGCGGACCAAGGUGAUGAUUCUGAAGAGAUUGUUUCUGGUGACAAAACCAAUUGUAGUAGGCCUCCCAGACAAGCAGGCGUUCCGCUAUACAGACCAAGAGAGGCUUUGCGCAUUGCUCUACGAGACUGGCUCACGCUUAUGCUCCAGGUUGGUCAUUUGUCUAGACUUUAUUAA